CCUUUUCCUCUCUUUCAUUACUUCAUCUCAACUUCGGAACAUCGGAAGCAAUCCGAGCUCAAUGAUGUCAAUGACUAACAGGAAUUCUCCAUCAUGCAAUAAAAUUUGCAGGGAUCAGUUACCUGGAUGAAUAUCAGUCGCAACAGCAAUUUCCCGACAAGCUUUAUCGGUCAGAUCCUGCAGCAACAACGAUGAUGACGCCCACGCCUCUUUCCGCCGCGAUCAGCUCCUCCGUUCGCCAGCCCUACCGCCUUCUCCGACCGGCCGUUAUCCUUACCCGCGCCAACAGUAGUAGCAGCAGCAGCAGCAGCAGCAGCACCACCACCACCACCAAACCUAGCAACGCCAGCUUAAAUCUCCACCAUGCCACCUCUUCGGAUGCUUCCCAGCUCACCGACGUAUUCCUCCAUUCCUUCUCCGAUGCCUUCAACCGUCGCUUGUUCCCCCUGACCGACGAUGUGCGCACCUGGUGGUUCGAGAAAUUCACCAGCGACCUGGAGGAGACCGGCAAGCCCACAUCCGGUAGCACAAUCCUCAAAAUCGUGGACGAGAGCCAGAAGGACCCGGUGAUUGCAGCCUUUGCCAAGUGGAAGUUGUAUUCUGGCGAGCAACGGCAACCCGAGCCCCCACAGCUGGACGAGCAGAGUCUCGCGCAGAAAUGGCCCCCAAGCUCUGAUCAGAAACUGUGUGAGGAAUUCUUCGGGAAAAUGGACCAGGAGAAGUGGGAGGUUAUGGGGGCCAAGAAGUAUUACUAUCUUGACAUGCUCGCAACCCACCCCAACUACAAUGGACGAGGACUGGGAUCGCAGCUCUUGCGAUGGGGGCUACACCGGGCGGAUGAUGCCGGGGUGGAUACCUUUUUGGCCUCGACCCCUCAGGGCCGACGGUUGUAUGAGAAGUAUGGAUUCCAAGUGGUGAAGGAGUACGAGGUUGUGGAGGGACAUGUUCAGGCGUCGAUGGUGCGGCCUGUGCGGGAAUGAGCUGGCAAUUUCGGUGGUAGGUUGGUUAGUUAGUGAGAAGAUGUGCGUAUAUGUAAGAUAGGUCGAAGGACUACUGUGUACUAGUCGACUUGGUGCUGCAAGGAAAAGGAGAGAAAACCCGAAAAUAGGCACGGAUCAUCGGCUCAGCCCUACAGGGCGAGGGCCCCACUCCUCAACUGUAAAC